UGAAAAAGUUUUAGUUCCCGCCAAAUUCAAGUACGAUAAACCCUAACUCUUCUCGCCAAUGGUUUCUAGAAAAAAGAAAAGAACCCACGAAAUCGAACCGAUUACAGAACUCGAUCGUGUAGUUCACCAAGCUAGAUAGUUCUCAGGGAGUUCGAAUAUCCCUACCCGAUCACCCGUGCAACAUUGCGAAAAUGGUAUAUGCGAAAGGGAGGACGAACAAGCCCAAUCCGACUCAUCAGCUCACAAAGAAAGUCUACCCGAUUGGUGGCAUCCAAGUGGAAUUUCCAUACCGACCCUACGGUUCGCAGCUCGCAUUCAUGGGUAGAGUUAUAUCCACCCUUGAUCGAGCCCAAAGAGAAGGCCAUUGCCAUGCAUUGCUGGAAUCUCCGACUGGAACCGGGAAGUCACUUUCACUUCUGUGUUCGACUCUCGCCUGGCAGAAGAACUAUAAGAUAAAGAAUCAGGAUGCUAAUUCUUGUCACUCGAAGCCUGCUCCAGAGGCUGCCACAGACCCUCUUGCUUUUGGCGGUGGAUUUAUUCCAGAAAUGCAGCCGUCAACGUCUGUAAAUACGGAGUCAUCUCUUCCAGUGCAAAACAACAAAAGCCAGAAGAAAAAAACAGCCCCAACCAUAUACUAUGCCUCGAGGACACAUUCACAGAUAUCACAAGUGAUCCGCGAGUAUAGGAAAACUUCCUAUCGAGUGCCUAUGGCAGUGUUGGCAUCUAGGAAACAUUUCUGCACAAAUCCUCAUGUACGAGGGAAAGAUAACAUAGAUGAACAAUGCAAACUACUAUUGAGGGAUCAAGAUGCAGGAUGCUAUGAAUUUAAAAAUUUCAACAAGGUUAAAAGUCAUCCAACUCUUCAGAGAGGAGGAUGUCAUGAAGUUCAUGACAUUGAAGAUUUGGUGAAAGUUGGAGAAGUGGUAAAAGGUUGUUCAUACUAUGCAGCUCGUUCUAUGGCAGACGAUGCACAGCUGGUGUUUUGCCCAUAUAGCUAUGUUGUCAAUCCAGUUAUUCGAGGAGCAAUGGAUGUAGAUAUUAAGGGUGCGAUUGUGAUUCUUGAUGAAGCCCAUAAUAUAGAGGAUAUUGCCCGUCAUGCUGGUAGUGUGGACCUUGACGAGGAUAUUUUAAAUAAAUUGCAGAUGGAGUUAGAGCAACUAUGUUAUACUGAUUCUUUGGUUUACCAGCCACUGUAUGAAAUGACACAGGAUCUCAUAAGUUGGAUUGACCAGAGGAAGACCACACUGCAGAAGCGCGAGUUUCAGCAUUAUGUCACCUGUUGGACUGGCAAUCAUGCUCUAAGGGAACUCCAAGAAGCUAAUAUAACUCAACAAUGCUUCCCCAUUUUGCUUGAAUGUGCAACUAAGGCUAUUAAAGCAGGAUUAGAUACGGAGUCUGAUGCUCCACAUUUGAGUGGCCUGUCAGUGAUAACGCUGGAAGGGUUAUUCUCUUCACUGACAUAUUUUUUCUCAAGAAAUGGUUGCCACAUGUCUGAUUACCAGCUUGCAUUACAACGCCAUGUUAAAAGAGAUCCUGGAAAUGUUCAUGUUGACUGGACGCAUACUUUCAGUUUGUGGUGCUUGAAUCCAGCUGUUGUAUUUAGAGACAUUGGCGAUCUUUCCUUAUCAGUUAUCUUGACAUCUGGGACCCUGUCACCUAUGAAUUCCUUCUCAUCUGAACUUGGAGUUCAGUUUGGAACUUCACUGGAAGCUCCUCAUGUAAUUGACGUGGAAUCACAGGUGUGGCCAGCUAUUAUAUCAAGUGGUCCAGGAAACUAUCCACUCAAUGGAAGUUAUAAAACAGCCGAUGGAUAUGCAUUCCAGGAUGCCCUAGGAAAAUCUCUGGAGGAGAUAUUUUUGAUCGUUCCUGGUGGCUGUCUAGUGUUCUUCCCUAGUUAUAAGCUGAUGGAGAAACUCCAAAAUCGUUGGUCUGAAACUGGUCAAUGGUCUCGACUGAAUGCAAGGAAGUCCCUAUUUGUUGAGCCAAGGGGAGGAACUCAAGAGGAUUUUGAUUCCAUUUUGAAAGGAUAUUAUGAUACCAUACGUCUUGGUGAUAACUUCGUAGUCGAGAAGAAGAGGCGAGGUAAGAAGGUUAAACCCAAUCACCCAUAUGUGAUUGGCUGUGAAAAUCCCAAGGAAGGUGCAGCACUCUUUGCAGUUUUUCGAGGAAAGGUUUCAGAAGGAAUAGACUUUUCUGAUGAUAAUGCUAGAGUGGUUAUAAUAGUUGGUAUUCCAUUUCCAAAUAUAAAUGAUAUUCAAGUUUCAUUAAAGAAAAAGUUCAAUGACACAUAUAAACUAUCCAAAAACCUUUUAAGUGGAAAUGAGUGGUAUUGUCAACAGGCCUUCCGAGCUUUAAAUCAAGCUGCAGGACGCUGUAUUCGACACAAGUUUGACUAUGGUGCCAUUGUCCUAUUAGAUGAGCGUUUUCAGGAAGAGAGGAACAGGGCAUACAUUUCAAAGUGGCUAAGAAAAUCCAUUAAACAAUUUGAUAACUUCGAACAGUCUAUGGAGGGCCUAAAAUCCUUUUUCAGCGACAUUAAGGAGCGCAUUAGCAAGAAUACAGAAAGUGACUUGCAGAAAUUUGAGAAUGAGGAGCACAUUACUCUUACAGACCCUGGUAGUUUUAGAAGAAAGAAGAUAGAGAAAUUUGACAAAACCUAUUGUGGGCAGAAAGUUCAUGAGGAUCCUAAAAACUGUAUAAUUGAUCUGGAGUGCAGUGUUGAAACAGAUACGAGGAACCAUGAGUUUCUAUCUAUGGCAACCGACCUUCAAGUUCCAGAUUCACCAAUUGCGCAGGAGACUCCUUGUGUUGAUGUUGGAGGCAUCCCUAGUCCGGGAGACUCCAAAGAUGAGCGAUCGACUUCAACCAUAAUUGAGGCCUACUCUGAGUUUCCCGAUCAAUUCUCUAACCAUUCUUUAUGUUUUACGAAAUCAACAAGAUCUCCUCUUACAUCCGAAACUUCAAUGCUACAUACUCCUGAAAGAAAUGUUGCUGCAAAUGCCUACAGCUUUGCACGAGAAACAGAGUCUUUGGAUAUGAGUGUAAAUUCUCAUACCCAGAAAAGGAGGAAGUCUAUGGGUUUAACUAUUACCAAACUUGCUCAAGAAGAGUUUGUUGCUGAUCCCAAAACCAAAAACCCCAAAUGCAACAGCUUGGACAAAAGCUCAAUAAUUAGCGGAAGUUUAAAUAGCCCAAAAGAUACUAGUUAUGAGAUUGUUCUCACAGAAGGGAAGUCUAAGAGUUCAAAUGUUCCCCAAGUGCUCAAUCUAAAUGACACCCUUCCUGUUUGUCUGUCUGCUGGCCUUCCAAUGGACAAAAAGUUGCAUCUAUCUUGUGCACUUUGUAGAAACCCACUGGGUCGUCCGGAGAACCAUUUAUAUCUAUCGUGCUCAUUUACAGUAUCAUCAAAAACACACUUAAUAUCGACAUAUAAGGAAAGCUUAAAACCUCAAAAUGCUAAUUUGCCAACAAAUAUACCGGUUGUUAUGACAGACAUCUUAUUUGUUAACCAGAGGCUCCUAGUUAGGUCUUCAAAAGGUUCAGGACGUGGUAUCUGGAGUGAGGAGGAUGGUUGUGUAUUCAAUUCUGUCUUUUGCCCCUUCUGUUGCACUGACAACUGCAUUGGUGUACAGAUCAUGGCAACUGAUGCAUCAAAUAUUCAGUUACUUGAUAAGGUGAUGUUUUACCUGGAGCGUUUGGAGAUCCAAGACCUAAAAGCAAAUACAGAGAAGGCUUCAGUAAACAAGGAAAUAUUACCUGUUAGUAGCUCAGCCAAGAAUAAGUCGGCCGUCAUGGAACCCAUUGAAAAUUUUUCGUACUCCCCUGGGCCGCUAACCUCAGGAGGAUGGAGGUCUACAAAAUUGAAAGUCAGACGGAAGGAAACUUCAUAGAAAUAUUCACGAAGAUUAGUUGUUCUGCUUGGCCUAAUUUAACCAGUGUUGCAGUCGAAACCAAUAAAAUUGUCUGCUUGUGUACCUAGGGGUACAAUGGGAGAUCUGGGCCAUUUUGAUUGGUCAAAUUCACCAUUCAAGGAAUGCAGCUAACGUGGAAGUGUCAGUGUGUCUGGAGAAAGAACCUCUUAAUCUAUGUUCAUCUACACUACAAUUGUAAAGUUUACUGCAUAUCUAUCUCGAUCAUUUAUUUCCGGGUUGUAAAGUCCUCUGUAUAUUGCAUGAUUGUUUUGUGACACUGUCAUGCUGUCUUAGAGAUAGGAUGGCAUUGUAGAUCCCCAACUAUCUAUAGUGUUAGAAAACUUCCGUGGCCUGUUGAAGGUAUGGUUGCACUCAAAUUGGAAAUUUAGUGAACUUAGUGUUACGGGUAUAACUUCAGGAUCUCGUGUAUGAUCAUUUUAGUUCAAGGGGGAAAUAAAAAACUUUUUCCGUGAAUAUUGAUCAGGAUUUUGGAUGAAGUUGCAUCAUGAACUAUUUUCUAGCCAUUUGGCUAGUUAAUUCAUCAGCAGAACUUUAGAUCUA